AUGCCGAGCGGACCCCGAACCAACGCCAACGAUAAAAAGAAGCGAUGGAGAUGGGCACUUAGAAUCUGGGACUUAGUGGUUGACCAAUGGUUUCUUAUUGUCAUGGGCAUCCUGAUUGUCUUCGCCUCUCAGGUGCAGGUGCCAAAACCCCAUCAGCCGCUAAAGCAAACCGUUGUCAACUAUGUAGCGGUUUCCAUCAUUUUCUUCAUCAAUGGAUGUACACUUCCUACUCAGGUCCUAGUCGAAAAUCUGAGCCGCUGGAAAGUGCACAUCUUCACUCAAGUGCAAUGUUAUCUCCUGACCUCAUCGAUCAGCUAUGGCGUUGUCAGCGCCUGUGCAACCGACAAGCAUUUUAUGGAUCCGGCACUGUUGAUCGGAAUUAUCAUCCUGGGGUGUCUUCCUACCGCUAUCUCUUUCAACACUAUAAUGACCCGAAAGGCCAACGGAAAUGGAGCCUUGUCCAUCGCGCAGUCGACCAUUGGGAGCCUUCUUGGUCCAUUCCUGACGACAGCUUUAAUAAAGCUCUACACCAGCACUGGCGCCUGGUACACAGAUUUUCUGCCGGAGACCGAAGGAUUCACCGAAACCUAUCGAUAUGUCUUUAAGGAGCUGGGGCUUUCGGUUUUUGCCCCACUGCUGGUCGGGCAAAUCAUAGCUAGCGUGUUUCCACGCCUGGUGAAGACAGUAUUCCUAGAGUGGAAGAUGAGCAAAUUGAGCUCCUUUGCAUUGUUAGUCAUCAUCUGGAGUACUUAUGAUGGCGCAUUCGAGUCCGAUGCGUUUUCCGAAGUUCGAUCGGAUAACAUGGUGUUCGUUGUCUUUAUCUUGAUCGCACUGUUUCUGGUGUGCAUUGCCAUCGCCAUUCUGGUCUCAUGGCUAUGGCUCAGCCGCGAGGACACAAUAGCUGUGGCAUAUCUGGUGCCCACCAAAACGCCGGCGAUGGGUGUGCCAAUAACAACCAUCAUGUUUAUGGGGCUGCCUGAAGCCGCUCAGUCUAGAAUGAAGUUGCCCAUGGUUAUCUAUCAGGGAAUCCAAACAACCCUUAGUAGCCUGUUGACCAUCCCACUGAGGAGAUGGCAAGCUACGGAGUCUGCGCGGCGCCAAUUGGUGCAGGUGGAGACCUUGGAACUAGGCGAUCAGUCUCAGGACACAGGCUCACAUAGGAGACCUGCGAUUAAUAGAUCAGUCAGUACUAUCGCAUGA